AAGGGCGAAGGCUGUGGUCGCAGCUUUAUGACGUAAGCUCACAGGGUGACCGUGAGCUAUUUAUGUAGAAAGAAAAAGAAACGUGGUGGGAAAAAUAUGAAUCUAUCCUCGUUAAUACAGAGCCUUCGGUGCUCUUUGCUACGGAUCGAAAGUAGAUUAUUGCAGGCGAGUGGACUCGAGUCGUACCCGGCCCCAGCGCUGGCAGUGAACGGCCUGAGCCUCCCUCCUCCUCAGCUCCACCCGAAGAUCCAGCUGGAAGAGGAGCAGGAGAACCAGGAGCAUCCCUCUGGCCUCCUGGACAGCAUCAUGUGGAUGGCGGCCCCGAAGAAGAGGCGCACCAUAGAGAUCAACCGCACCAGGAGGAGAGCUGAAAGCAAACUCAUAAAAGUGAAGAACAACAUCGAGCCGUGUCUGGAGUGCGGCCACCUGAAGCAGAAGCACGUCCUGUGUGGGUUCUGCUACGCCAAAGUGAGCAGAGAGACCGGUCUGAUUCGUCAGCAGAUAAACGCCAUGGAAGGCGGCCCGCUGAGGACCCCGACCGUGGAGACUGUGGUCCUGUAUGAGGGGGAAACGCCAAGCACCCAGGAUAAAGACAAGAGGAUAGUGGAGAGACCCAGGAAGAGACCCGCCUGGUUCAGUUACUGACACUCGUGUCAGCUGAGGAUUGAAAAAACGACAAAUUUCAUUUUUUCAUUAAGUCAGGAUGAGAUGUGGAUGAGGUUGUUUUCUUUCCAUAAUUUCAAUUCAGUGAAGUUUAUAUGUAUUUUUAAGAAUUCAACAGCAUUUAUAGAUAUUGUGCAUUAUUAUCAAUCAUACAUGUUACUGUGCAAACAUGAGAAUAGAUUUAAUAUAUAUUCUGUUCAACUUGUUUGCAAUUCUGGAUUUUCAAGUUUGUGAGCUGACUGGGAGUCUUUAAAGUAACAAUAACAUCUUCCUGCUGAAUCAUCUUUGAACUGAUCCAAUAAAGAUACCUACGUUUUCCUUGAA